AUGCCUACAAUACUUGAUACAGAUGUUAAUGAAAAUGAAGAUCUUGAAGGAAAACAAACUGGUGUUCAUGUAGGCAAAAAGCGGCAGAUGAAGUCGGCCAAGGUAGAGGAGAUAAAAAGCGAGAAAAGAGAAUGGCUUAGUGCAGCAUGGAAAGGUGUCAAACCUUGGUCCGCCUUCGUAACAUGUAAUAAAUUUUCUAAACCGCAAAGUAUUUCUGAUGUUGGAAAGCGUCUAGUAACCAAUAUUCGAUUCUACUGGUGGAAUUAUAUCUUCAUAACCCUCUUUUUAAUGAUUUUUUGUAUAAUUACCUCACCUAUGCUGCUUUUGGCAUUGUGUGCAACAGCAGCCGGCUGUUACUGGAUUAAUACUCGCUGCAAAGGAGAAAAAACCAAAUUUUGCGGCCAUGAAUUUGAUAAAACUGAACAGUACGGACUCGUUUGUUUAAUCACUUUACCAUUAUAUAUCUUUGCAUCUGCUGGUUCAACUAUUUUUUGGCUCACGGGUCUUGUAGCUUUCAUAGUUUUCUUUCACGCUACAUUUACCCUAUCGGAGGAUGAGAUUCUUCCACCACCAGGCACAGAAAUGGUAUAA